AUGUCCCCGACCUCCAUUCUGCCUGCUCUCCGUGUGUCCUCCUGGAGGGUCCCGGAGAUCAUCGAUCGCGUCCGCGAGCAGCUGGAAGAAUCCUCGGAGGAACACGUGAAGAAAGCCGCCAUUCAGGCCGUCUACAUCCUGGCCACUCAGCAUGUCGGCGCCGUCGUCUCCCGCCUCUUGUCCGGCCCCCUUCCCUAUGACAGUGAGACGUGUACCCUGUGGAGGGCGCUGUCCUCCGAUCCCGCUCUCACUUCCCAGGUGUUGGACCUUCUGCUGGCCAAGAUGGCGGGUGACGUCCCCUACAAGGAGAAUAAGACCUCCAUGCUGAGCUCCGCCUCUAACCGCGUGGCCACUCUUCUACCGCUGGCGGCUACAUGUGCACUCCGAGAGCUGUUGUCCCAGCCAGACUCCACCCCCGCGGUACAGGAGCUCCACCCCCAGCUCUUUGUAGCCCUCCUCCUUCGGGUCAGUUCCAUGGUGGGUGUCCAGCCACCGAAGAACCUUGGCGCAGCCAGAGAGAGGAAAAGCCCCGGCUCAGGCAGUCCGUCCAGGACCCUGGAUCCCUGCAGGUACCCCACCUUCCCGGGUGUUGCUGGGGAGGGAGAGUUCAGAGUGACGUCUGAAUCUGGCCGAUGCCGGGAGAUUAUAUGA